AUGCCCAACACUCCCGAGCAGCGGAGACAAGCGGCCCCGACAACGCCGGACACGCCAGACACCCCCGAGACUCUGCUGCUCGACGCUGACGCGGAGCUGCGCGCAUCGCACCCACGUGCGCCGACGCCAGAGACGGUCCUGACCGGCGCCGACGCCGAGCUGCGCGCAGUCUUGCGCGAGACGCCCCAGCGCGCGCGCGCCGCCGUGCAAGCCGUCGUCGGCCGCAUCGUCGACGCGCCCGACGACGAGCGCUUCCAGCGCAUCAACUCCGAGUCGCGGACCUUCCGCGAGACGGGACUGGAGGAGGGCCGCGCGCUGCUCGCGGCGCUCGGGUUCGCGGAGGACGGCGCGCACCUCGUCUGGAGCGGUAAUUUGGACGUGCUCCGCCGCGUCGACCACCGCAUCGCCUUCGGCGCGGCCGCGGUCGCGCUGCCGGGCCUGCCGGAGGACGUCGUGGCCACGAAGAUCCUGCCCUACGUCGCGCCGCGCGACGAGGCGAUCGAGGCCGGCGACGCCGAGGUCGUGGACCUGCUGGCGCUGGACUCGACGUGCCGCGCGAUGCGGCGGCUCGCGGCGCCGCGCUGGCGCCGGAAGCGGCGGGACGUCUGCCGCGCCGUCGGCGCGCGGCGGCUGCUGCGGCGGCGGUGGCGCGCGAUCGGCGGCUUCUCGGGCGGCGGGCGCAACCGGGGCCGGCUGCGGGGCCCCUGCCGCGCGGAGGACCUUAGCAGGGUGGAGGUGCUCUGUGGACGACGUUUGCCGCUGGAGUUCCGCCUUAGCGUACUGAGACACCACGACGGCCAGGACUUCGACACCUUCGCGGGAUACGGCUGCCUGCUGCCCCUCAACGACAUCGCCACGGCUUUACAAAACUACAACUACGAGCGGUCGAUUCCAUUGACGGGCGAGCUCGACCACGCGCGGCUCUGCCUUGACACCCGCAGCGGCGCGGUCGUCAAGCUCGGCUGGUCGUCGUGGUCGAACGGCGACAACGGUCGCGUCCUCGCGCAGUGGCCGUCGUGGGCCGCCUUCCUAAGACUAGUCUAGCGGA